CAUAUCGAAUGCGGAUAGAAUACGAUAUAGGAGUGUUUUGGAUCCCGUGGACUUUCUCCUCACGAUCGAAUUCAUAUCAUACACUGAUUAACGCAUCAAAAUCGCACCUCAUUUUUUCUCAUUCAUUCCGAAUACGAAUAGCAUUUUUAUAAAGAAUUAGAGGGAAACUUGAUCCACUCCAUGCGGCUCGCUCUUUCAUUCACUCAUCUGCCUCCAUCUUAUCCACAAUGGCAAGUGCAAAAUUUUCAGUUGUGAAUUUUUAUAAAGAGAAAAAAGUAGCAACGGUUUUGACUUCUUGGCUGGAUGCACGCUUGAAAUACUGCGCUUGGCCUUCUGGACCCUGUGCUGCCGACAAAUUAAAGACUUUUGCACCGCCUGAAAAAGCCUGGCCAAAGUAUCCUUGUAAACAUAUAAAAUUUGCAGACUCUUUAGAAGAAGCUAACCGCUACCGUGACAAGGCUCAAUUUCAGUCGGAGGUCGACUCGUCAGCGCCCGAGAGCCCCCACUUUUCCAAGACAAAACCCCGUCGUAAGAAGAUUCAAGUUAAAAAGCCAGCAUCGUUUUCUGCCGACCAGGAAUCGGACAGUCUCUCAUCGAACGAGGAAGAAAACGUCCCUACGACCAACUUUUUAAAUUUAGGUGGUGAGCAUUAUGCCAUAAUUUUAUCAAUUCUAAGUGCAUUUUUUCAAGUAUUAGUAUGCAUGUAAUAUAAUAACACACUG